AUGAAUACCGUUCGUCUCCAAGCUCGAAGCGCGAGAAUUGUAACCGAGCGCGAUCAAAUUCCUAGCUGGAAUCCUUUCCUACGAGGUAGAAGAUGGGCCGACAAUGGCUUCGAUAUGGAUCGUCAUGGAAGAAGGGAUGAGGAAUCUGGCAGAGCGGAAAGUGACACGCAUGCUAUACCCUCACGUUUGGGACCAGCUCGUACACUCUCGGAUACAGAGAUCGCUAAGCUUCGCCCUGGUAUUGAGUCUUUAUUCGCCAUGACAACCUUGGAUGAGAAGCCUAUGCGUCCACUUUCUGCUGGUGACCUAGUUACUGAGGGGGAAGCGGGCUCUAGCCUCGGAGAGCAUCAUCGGCAUCGUUUUCCACGCUCCUCUUCCAGCCCCGAAGACAAACCAAACUGUGAAAUUGACAAAGCAAACAAAUAUGCAAGAAAUCACACAUCACCAUAUGAAAAUUUGAUCAAAAAAAUAGUCGCGAUCUUCUGCUCAUCAUGGUUGUCGCUUCUUCUCCCAUUUGUACCUGCAGGGUUUGCUGCAAAUUAUACCAAUCUACCACCAGUCAUCCUUUUCAUACUAAACUUCGUUGCUAUCUUUCCAAGCGCUUCUAUUGUCGAUAUGGCUAUGGAUGAAGUAAUGUUACGCUUUGGGAAUACAGUGGGAGGAUUGAUCUACAUGACUUUUGGGAACAUCGUACAACUAGUGACCUCGAUUCUUCUCCUCAAGACUCGACAGGUCGAGAUUUUGAAAACUUCACUAGUCGGGGGAAUUCUUGGCGGAGUUCUUUUGAUAAUGGGCGCGAGUUAUUUCGCAGGUGGUAUUGAUCGACUCGAACAGUCGUUUAAUGUCAGCUCGGCAAGUUAUGUCGCUAAUUUCUUGACAUUAUCUGUGGCUAGCUUGAUCAUCCCAACAGCAUCUCAUCUUUUUGCCAAUUCGACCCCGGAGAAUAUUGCUGCGCAAUCUAGAGGGACUGCAAUUGUUUUGUUGUUUGUAUAUGGCAUCUAUCUAUUCUUUCAGCUGAAAACACAUUCAUAUGUCUUCAAUCCAGAAGCUGGCUUGUACAUCAAAAGGGCACCAAGAACGACUGUCAAAGACGCCAAAGAGGACAAGAUCACCAGAAGCGUGUCUUCUCCGCCAGCUGUUGAUUCCACCGGCGAAGAUUUAGAGCCUCAUCUCACUAUGACGGUCGGUAUAAUUACCCUCAUUAUCGGAACAGUUGUACUCGCCUUUAACACUACUUUCGCUGUAGACAGUAUCGAUGGUCUGACGGCAGAUCACGCCUCACCUAGUUUCGUUGGUCUGAUUCUUCUUCCUUUUCUCAACAAUGAUCUUAUGCCCAUUACAUGUGCACGGAUGGAUAAAUUAGACUUGAGUAUCAUGGCAUCGGCCGGCAAGUCUCUUCAGACCUCACUACUAAUCACGCCCCUGGUUGUGAUUAUUGCGUGGAUUUGGGGGAUAGAUGAUAUGGGUUUAUUGUUCGAUGGGUUCCAGGUGGCAUCUCUGUUCAUGGCUGUAUUGCUGUUUAAUUUCCUUAUUGCAGGAGGAAAGAGUAAUUACUUGCAAGGUGUAUUGCUACUCUCAAUAUAUGUCAUGAUAGCUAUAGCAGCUUGGUAUAAUUGA